UUUUUAAGAGACAUCGAAACAAGAUCACAAGAAGCCUGAAAAAUGAAGUCUAAAAAGGAGUACUCCACCACCAAAAUUUCCCAAGCAAAGAUGAACAGCUCAACAAACAAUACCCAACUAAAUUCUCCUAAUCUAACAAAACCCAAACAUAAGACCAAAGAAGUUUGCCAGAAAUACUUCAUGGAGCUACGCUCGGGCUUUACUAUCAAAAAGGAGUAUUGUUUGAGGAAAACCAAAACGUGUUCACCAAAAACAGGUGGAAAAUACAAAGAUCAACAUAUGUUAGUCACUUCCUGUCCACAACAGCUGAAGCACAUUAAAAAGUCAGAUGGGAGCUAUCCCAUUGAGAAAUCUUUGGGCCAGAGAUGUGUUACAACAACUGAUGUUCCAUAUCAUCAAAGAAUCGAAGAGGUUUCUGCUUGCCUGAGGACAUACAAUGAUCAGUUUGUUUCUUUCAUAUGUGAAGAUGAAGAUUUUGAAAUCUACAUUGAAGAUGUGGGUAAAAAACAAAAGAAAGACAAGGUGCUACUCCGUUUUUAUAAUUCUCAGGUCCCUUCAAAUGAAACAGGUGAUGGCAUUGAUGGUGAGAUGGUAAUGGUAAGCCUGAGUCCUACAAAAGGCAAAGAUCUCUGGGUGUAUGCAAUCAAGGAGGAACUCUCUGUGAAGCUACAAAAAUGUGAAGAGCCAUCGCCAGACAAGGCCUUUUUUCUCCUUCAUCGAAUGUCCUCCCAAAGUGUUCAGUUUGAAUGUAGGAGCAAUCCUGGAGUAUUUAUAGGAGUAAAGGAUAACCACCUUGCUUUAGUUAAAGUAGAGGGCCAAACUGAGAAUCUGUGUAGAGAGAAUACAAUAUUUAAGCUCUCUUAAUGUGAUGGAAAGCUGUGGAUUAUGAUUUGGGUAGCCCAAAAAGCUACCUACCACUGGAGAAGAGUUUAAAAAUAGAGUAAAA